AUGACAGUUCGUCGAGAGUCAGAGCAUGGAAAUUGUGAAAUCCGAUGGGGCGAACUCUCACCUGCCCGCCAGCACAUGCGGCAGCCAGAUUCAUCAUCUUUCCAGCAGCAUCUUGCCUACGACAUGCAUCAACCGGAUACUCAGCAGCUGCAACAACAACAGCAUUCACCUUCUUUAGACAUGCAGCUACAACAUCCCUUUUCGCCUCUCUUACAACAGCAUCAAAAUGCAGAAGGCGACUUCCCACGACACCAACAUGAAAAACAUAGACAAGAGAAAUCUUCCUCUAACCGACCAUGCCAUUAUUAUGAACAACAGCGACGAUAUCAGCACUGUGCCCCCUUUCACCUUCUGCAAGAGCAUGGGGGACUCUCAUUCAAUGAAUCGGCUCAAAAAAGUAAUCAACAAUACCAUGUCCCCCAACAUGAGCAGUUGCAACCUAGGUGUAAACACAAUGACUAUCAACAGCUGUCAAAUAAAAGCUCUUCACAUCAAGCUACAUUGCAGCAUCAGCUACCUUAUGCACUCGAACAAACGCAGUCUCAACAAGGCUACAAGUAUGCAGAGUGUAAGCAUUCGCUGCCAGCUCACUGGCCUAUCAUUAAAUCAAACUUAAGGGCUGACCACCGGUCUUUGCUCCAUAAUAACGAUGGCCUCCCUAGCUCUCAACCGGCUCAAGCCGAUAAAUUAACGGGUCCGUCUCUAAAUUUAUCGCCAAAAUCAGGACUGGAAUCAUUAAAAUCAGCAUUAAUAUCAUUUCAAUAA